GUAGGGUGUAAUUGGGGAUUCUAAAUCACAGACGGCUCGCUGCGCUCGCCGUCCGUGAUUUAGACCUCCCCAAUCACACCCCGAGUUGCGAUCCGGUGGAAACCUGCGUCGCGCAACUGAUAAUCGGUACUGGUCCAUCAGGAUAUUUAUCUUGUACAAAUCAGUACCAGAUACAUAAUCCUGAUCGAGCUUUUACUCACAGUCUACCAUUAAAUAUGCGGGCGGUCUCAGUAUCAUUUUUAAUACAGCAAUGUAGAAAAAUAGCAAAUGUUUUAGAGCGUCAUGUCUAACAACUAUUAUUUAUCUAAAGGUUUAAUUGCAAGUGUUUACCAAAUUAUUGUAAAAAACAGCAAAACCUUCGCAUGCGGUGUACCGUCUGGUAAUCAAUAAUGUUCAGUCAGUAAUGUUUUUACGGUACACCGCUUGCUCGGGUCAUUUUCCCAUUCAAUAAUUUCUCAUUCAAUAAUUUCCCAUUCAAUAGUAUUUCAUUUCAUGCGUCUACCAUUAACGUGUUCAGACUGCCCACAUCUUACUAACGUUUAUGGUGUAGCAUGGGUGACUAGGUACAAGGAUACUUGCAAUUUCGGAUUGGGCGUAUCCUACUCAUGCAAUGCAUAUCAUACAAGACCAGUCAAGUUAAUAAAUUUGUUUUUUGUAUAUAUAGCGAAGGAUCGUAAAAACUUUGACAGCGCGAUGUAGGAAUACAAACUUAUGUUUCAUUCAAUGUAGCCUUUAUUUCAGUCUACUAUGUACUAAUUUGAUGCAUGUUAAAUGUAAACUAAUACAUGGUUCUAAUACGUCACGUCUCGUUUUAUGCCACAUGAUAUCUGCCUCAAUGAAGAAAUUGUUUAUAAAUACUUCAACAAGUAGGUACUGAUUUACAUGCAUGACAAGUGAAUGUUAGUUAUUUCACCUGCUAGGUACGUACUUGGAAUGCAAUUUUUGUUUUCAAUAUAUUUUUUCAUUUAAUCACAUUGAAAUAUAAAUAUAUAUAUUUUAAUAUCCAUUAUUAUAUUUAUUGGUACUUGAUGUAUAUCGUGAUCGUGGUUAAAAGGUAUUUUUUUCACAAAUUUCCAAAUUCUGAUUUCAGUUUCAGGCUUAGAUAUACCAUGCUGCACAUGUAGGUUUCGGCUUAGUAUACCAAUUUUGCAACACCCUGUUUAUACAUGAUGUUACGGAACCCUCAGCGCGUGUUUCGCCAGAUUUUAUAUGGUAAUGCGCAUGAGCACCAUGGGCGUAACUUGCGUUUCGAAGUACAGAUUUAUCUUGCUUUUCUGAUAAUCAGGUGAUUCAGCCUGCAAUGCAAUGUCUUAACGGCCUAACAAAUAUGAGUACAACUCAAAAUACCUAUCUUCACAGCGCGUGUUGCCCCGCGGAUUCGAACCCGCGACCUCUUGGUCGAGAGCCAUUGGCUAAGUUGGCAAUUAAAGAAUAAAAUUAUAUUAUAUAUAUCAUAGAAUUUUUUAAGGAAAUGAAUCUGACUUUCCAUUUGAAAGACCUUCUUCUGAUCACUUAUCCACUUAAGAUUUAUUUACAAUGCGAGCUAGUGCAGUUAAAACAUACUUACAGCUAGUUUCCAAUACAUGAUUCAAUCGAUGAUUAACUUUUAUUGGCCUUUUGGAAACAGAAAGCGGAAGAUGUAGGUAGGUUUGAUUUGAGGUGAAAAGCUUUGAAAACACGGAAAAUGUCUCCGUAGCUUAAUAUAACUUGGAUAUGCUACUAAAUAGUAACGUCCUAGUAUGUUAUUAAAGAUCUCUAGCAACUAUUUCAUGUAAUGCCUUAUUGGAAGCCAUUGCCUUAUAAAAUUAUAGUAUCUUAUUUCUGAAUUCGGUAAACAUAAUCAAAUGUAUGAUCCGCUUAAGGUAUGUAAGGAUGAGUUUAUACUAAAGAAUCACUAUGACUUAUUAAGUUGAGUAAUUAGUUCUUAAGGAUUCGGGACAUAAGGUUUAUUAUACUUUAAACAUGUAUUAACAAAAAUAUAUAUUUAUGUUGGUUUUGCAUUAUGAAUAGCGCCUUAUAAUUUGCUGAACAAAACUAUUCGCUCCGCCUCAGAGGACCUUUUUCAUACGCGAGACUGCGAGAGUGACAUUAUACUGCAUCGUUCAGUGGUUCAGUGUUGUGAUUAUAAGUGCUGGUGUUCCUGUAGCUCCUCAGCAGAUCUUCAUAAGUAUGGCUCACUGGUCGCAAAAUCCGUUUUGGGCAGACGAGGAUAUCUUCGCAUCCAGCUCUACCAAUCCUGCCUCGAACCAGAAAAAAGAAAAGAAGAAAGAACCAGCAAAACGCGGUAAAGCUAGUUCCAAGAGCUCAGCGCCGCCGCCCGCUGCGAGCGUCGCCCCGCGAGACCUGUUCGCCUGCGGCUCCGACACCGAGCCCGAGGAGCCCAUCCCGGCAACGCAGCCCUCGGCCGUUAAACGCAAGCGUGCUGUUUUUCCUGAUUCCGAGGACGAAGCAACAAACGUUGUUCCAGGCAAAUGCAGUCGCGCGGCGGUGCCUGCAACACAACUACGCAGCUUCUUUACGCAGAGGACUGCUUCUGGGUACAGCACUCAGCGAGAUCCCCUCAAGCGAGGCGAAUAUUUUAUUGAGCUGCGCGUUUAUAACACAGCGGAAGCGGAGAAACUCCAGGAUGAGAAGUGGCGUCAUCCAAUCCUUGCUAUAAAAGUAGGCGCGGAUACUAACAGUAGCGUGUGGCGCGCGACGAGUCGUCUAGUUCAAGCGACUCGGGAAGAUUUUGCUCAUAUUCAGCCCAUCAUUUACCCCAACUGCUAUUCAUAUUAGAGGCCUACGUUUUUCAACUGUAUGGUUACGGUUAUACCUAGGUACCCAACCUAUUGGCAUAUAUAAAAAUUAAUAUGUACUUUUGUUAUUUUAAAUAUAUAAUCAAACAAUUAUAGAAUUAUUUACAUUUUACUCUAACCUUUGAAUUACUUAUUAGCUAAUGAUUCGUAAAAUAACUUUUUUGGAUUUAAACACAUAUCUGUCUAUUCGCUUUCGAUUAUUGAUGUUGUAGUAGUGACUUAAUACUUGUAAUAAUUGAGAAACUCGGUAAAUAUACAAGGUAGGUACGUUAUACUUUAAUAUACCUACUAGUUAAAAAUUUAUGACAAUCCAGUAAAAAUAAAUAAGGUUUCUUCAUUUAAUAUUAAUAAAUAAAAUGUUUUGCACAACUUGUAAUGUGGUCGUACCAAGUUAUGCAGCGCAUAAAAAAUCUAACAUUCAUAAAUCCAACAGUUUAAUCAGAUCCGAAUUCGAUAAUGUGUUAAUAAUAGCCACGGCUUUUAAAAAUCGAAUUUUGAGCUAUAGAGUCAAUCCAUCAACAUCGUGCUUAUCGCCAGAACUAUUUUUGUUAAAUAUAAAAGAUACUGUCUGUAAUCUUAUCAAAAAAUCUUUGGUAGCACAUAGAGCAAUAAAAAUUAACUUUGAGCUUUAUGUCUCUUAUACUUUGCCGAAAAACGAGGAAACGUCAAUAAAAUCUUUCAACACAAGUUAUGAGGCUCUUUUUGAAAAUUCAGAUAUUUCAUCUGUUUAUUGCAACUCAGCAGAAAAACUUGUUACCAAAUGUUCCGAGUUUGAACUUUCAGAGUCUGGUUGGACGAUUGAUUCUAUAAGCCAUUUAGAGGUAAACAUAAAUAAAUACAAUCCCUUGAGAGCUGGAUCUUUCGUUAAACUACCGGCGAAAAUAAGCAGAACUAAAGCUUGUUUAAAUAUUCAAAAUAAGGACGAACAUUGUUUCUUGUGGAGUAUAAUGGCUCAUUUAUAUCCCGCGAAAAAUAACCCAGUUAGAGUAAGAAUGUAUCCCCAUUAUUCCAAAGUGUUAAACACUGCGGGAAUGACUUUCCCACCAAGUUUUGAGGACAUUAAAUUAUUUGAGAAAUUAAAUCCUGACAUAAGUAUUAAUGUUUACGGCCUAGAAACGAACAGUGAUGUCGUUGGACCACUAUUUAAAACUUCAUCACGUAAACUUACUCACGUAAAUUUGCUAUAUAUUGAUAACGGUGGAAAAGGACAUUAUUGUCUGAUCAAAAACUUUGAUAGACUUGUUCGUAACCAACUUACGCAGCAUAAAUGUAAAAUAUUUUUAUGCGAUGAAUGUUUUAUUUAUUUUAAUUCAGAAAAAAAGCUUUGUGAUCAUAACUGUGCAAGAGUAAAAACUACAUUGCCCCCGGAAGGCAGUAAGAUAUCAUUUUCAAACGUAGAUAAGACGCAACGAAUUCCAAUAGUUAUUUACGGGGACUUUGAAAGUUUACUUCAUGAGUACAAUGACAAGAACAAAUCUGAACAUGUAGAAAACAUUCAAAAACAUGAAGCUACUUGUUUUGCAUAUUACAUCUGCUGUAAAUCUAACCCGGCAUUAAAUGAGUAUGUUUCAUAUCGCGGGGCCCGCUGUGCUAAAAAAUUUGUGGAAACUAUUUCAAAUGAUGUUAAAAGAUUGUAUCAGAUAUUGUCAGUCGCGCAACCUAUGUUGCCUUUAAGCCAAGAGGAAAAAACAUCCUUUGAUAACGCAAAUACGUGCUAUUUCUGUGAAAAAAACUUUUCGCGCGAUGAAAUUAAAGUAGCAGACCAUGAUCAUUUCACUGGUAAAUAUCGAGGUCCUAGCCACAAGUCGUGUAACUUAAAAGCUAAAGUUUGUCCUUUCAUUCCCAUAAUAUUUCAUAAUUUAUCGGGUUAUGAUUGCCAUUUAUUCAUUAAUGAACUGUCAAGUAUAAUAGGACGUGUUAAUCUCAUUCCUAAAAAUAAAGAAAAAUUCAUUUCCUUUACUAAGUUUAUACCUAUUGACGCAAAAAAUGUGGCUCAGCUAAAAUUCAUAGAUUCUUUUAAUUUUUUGAGCUCUGGUUUAGAUAAACUAGCCAAAACACUAAGUUCUAGUGACUUUAUAAACCUACGUAAAUAUUUCAAAGAUCAAUAUUUGUUCGAUUUGGUUCGUCGCAAAGGAAUUUAUUGCUAUGAUUAUGUCAAUUCAUGGGACCGUUAUAGUGAGAACCAGCUUCCCGAGCGAAAACACUUCUUUAGUAAACUUAAUUCUGAAGAUGUGUCCGAAGAAGAUUAUAAGCAUGCGUUGAAUGUGUGGCAAUCCUUUAAUAUUAAAAAUAUUGGAGAGUAUACGGAUCUUUAUUUAAAAUGUGAUGUGCUAUUGUUAUGCGAUAUUUUUGAAAAAUUUCGUAGUAUGAGUUUAAAAUAUUAUCAAUUGGAUCCAUGCUACUAUAUCUCAUCUCCAUCAUUAAGUUGGGAUGCGAUGUUAAAAUUCACAAAAGUUGAAUUAGAUUUAAUAUCGGAUUUAGAAAUGUAUCAAAUGAUUGAAAAUGGAAUACGAGGUGGCUUGGCGCAGUGUUCCCUAAGAUAUGCAAAGGCUAAUAACAAAUACUUACCACAUUAUGAUAAAAAUGAACCAAACUCAUUUCUAAUUUACUUGGAUUGCGUAAAUUUAUACGGAUUUGCGAUGAUGAAAAAGCUUCCAACAAGUAAUUUUCAUUUUUUAAAUGAUUUUGAAAUACAGAAAUUUAAUAUUUUAAAUCAUAGUGCUGAUGAUAAUCAAGGAUUUAUACUAGAGGUGGAUCUCAGCUACCCAGCUAAUAUCCAUAAAGAGCACUCUGAUUUGCCAUUUGCGCCUGAAAAGUUAGUUCCCGCCGGCGGUACAACUAGCAAACUUAUUGCUAAUUUAUAUGAUAAACAUCAUUAUAUUAUUCAUUAUGUUCACCUAAAAGAAUGCCUGAAACAUGGAUUAAAAUUAUUAAAGAUACAUAAAAUACUAGCGUUUGAUCAGAAAGUAUUUUUAGAACCCUAUAUUUCGCUAAAUACAUCCCUUCGUCAAAAGGCCACCUCGGAUUUUGAAAAAGACUUCUUUAAAAAACAAAACAAUUCAAUAUUCGGAAAAACAAUAGAAAAUAAACGGAAACAAGUCGAUGUUAAAUUAGUUACAGUGUGGAAAGAUGUUUGCAACAAUACAAAUAAACUUUGCGGUGCAGAAAAAUAUAUAAGCGCUCCGAAUUUUAAAAAUUUAGCGAUUAUAUCUGAGAACCUGGUGGCCAUUCAUUUACAGCGAACACAUGUUAUUUUAGACAGACCAAUAUACAUCGGUUUUUCUGUUCUCGAAUUAGCCAAAACUCAUUUGUAUAGAUUUCACUAUUCCUUUAUGAAACCUUUUUAUGACAAACGUAUACAAUUAUGCUAUACAGACACAGAUAGCUUUCUUUACUUGAUAUAUACGAAUGACUUUUAUGAAGAUAUGAAAGAUAAUAUACAAUACUUUGAUACCAGUAACUUCGAGCAAAAUAAUAUUUACAAAAUACCUCCCAAAAAUAUGAAAAUACCUGGGUAUUUUAAGGAUGAAUUGGGUGGAGAAAUAAUUUCGGAAUUCGUUGGCUUAAGAGCUAAGUUAUAUUUUAUAGACACAUGUAAAAACAGUAUUAAAAAAGCAAAAGGAAUUAAAAAAUCUGUAACAAAAAAACUUUAAUUAAAUCAAUACAAAAAGUCACUAUUUAAAAACGAAAGCUUUAGGGAUGAUAUGUUUUUAAUUCGUUCAAAAAAUCAUCAAAUAUUUACACAAAGAGUUAAUAAAUUAAUACUAUGUAGAUCUGACAAUAAAAGACAAAUUUUAGAAGAUAAAAUAACAACUCUACCUUGGGGUCAUUGUAAUACUUCUCUUUAAUGCUACUUCUUAAAUUGUAUUAUGUAAUUCUUUUUAGAUACACAGUGAUAAAUGUAUUAUCUACUAUGAAUAAAACAAGUUAUGCUCGCAUAAGUAUGUGUCAUUGUGUUUUGUAAGAAGGUAAUAAUUUUUAAGAUAUGUAAGGUACUAUUCCGCGCAUCGCGGCUUUUUAACUGUCACGCUGAUGUCGAUGAAAAAUACUGGCAUUGGCCGCGCGCCAUAGUCGUAAGCCGCGAUGCAUGGAUUAGUACCUUUAGUGAUAAUUGUACCUACUAUGCAUAAAACAGGUCAUGCUCGCAUGUUAAAUUGUAUUUGUAAAUUCUUAGUGAUAAAUGUAUACCCAGUUACUAUGAAUAAAACAGUUCAUGCA